GACUGGGGCCUUUACAUCGGUGGCAUUCGAGAGGCCGAGGAUCUCGAGUCUCUGCGUGCUCAUGGAAUUUGUGCCGUGGUUAAUGCAGCGCCAGACGUCGUUCAUGUUAACUAUCCAGAGGGCUGGGUAACUUUGACUGUGGACGCAGAGGAUGAUCCCGCCUAUCCUUUGUUGGAAGCGCACUUGGAGCCAGUUUCGGAGUUCCUGAACGAACAGCGGGCCCAAAGAUGCUUGGCUGUGCUGCAGCUUUCGCCCUGCAACGUGGCAGAUAACCAUGCUUUUCUCUGCUCGUUUGUCAGCCGCCAAGGAAGGCCUGUGCUUUUGCAUUGCUUCGCUGGGAUGAACCGCAGUGCAGCUCUUUGUGCUGCCUAUCUCUUAGCCCGGGAUCGAAUGGACUUAUUCACAGUCGUCAGACUGAUAAGUGAGCGCCGUGGCUGGAUCCUCAGCAACGAUGGCUUUGUGCGACAGCUGGUGCACCUUGCAAAGGCUGAGGAGCUAUUGAAGCCCGCUGAGCGCUUGCAGUUGGAUGUGGUGCACGAAGAAUCCGAUUCGAAGCCAUUGAAAUCGAGCUCGAGCUGUGCAAACAGGAGGGCCGCAUCCGAGCACUGUCAUGCUUCGAAACUGGGCCGGUCCUUGUCGAGGAUGUCAUCAUUCUCAUCAGAUGCAGCGGGAGACGCCCCAACAUCUUUGGAGCGAACGACGGCGCAUGACGGUCGGCUUGUACGCAAACUGUCCAAAUCCUCCAGCGCGCUUUCAGACGUCUCUACAGACGGCGCGGGCGUGAAGGUUGCCCGAACUUCAUCUUACCAGCCGCUGCAAGCCCGCACUAUCUCAGACAGGGAGUUGGGGUAUGCGUCCAGGCUGCCGCGGCAGGAUUCCGUCGGCCCAGAGGCGAAAAAGAUCCGUCCAAUCCAAGACAUGCGGGAGGGACGAGCUGGAUUGCGAGAUGGCACGUACCUUUACGUGGUUAUGCUCGGAGACGAGGAUAACAUCCGCUUGAUACACGAAGAGCACUUGGUUCACGAGGGCGUCCUGGCUGGUCAUACGUCGCUGGUGCAAAGAAAUGAAUUCACCCGCGGAUGGGCCAAACAAUGGGACACCAACGACCCACAGUUCCGCCACACGGUGUUGUAUGCCGGUGAGCUGGAGUACCAGGAGGGAGAAGGGGUCGUGAUGUGGAAUAACCACUCGGGCCACUAUACCCCAUCGGCAGCAGACCAUGUCCGCGUGCACCUUGAUCCGGCCACUUUCGUGGCUGCUCGGAUUUACAUAUUAGGUUGA